AAGAAUUCCUCUCUGUGUUAACGAAGUCCAAGUACGGAGCCAUUGAUGACUGAUGAGCUGAUUCGAAGAGAAGUAGAGGUUGAUCGGAGAAGAUGUUCAGGCUGAGCCGAUUAAUAUCAGAAGAGGAUGAUGAAGAGAGAAGAGGAAGCUUAUUGGAUGAAGAUUCUGAUGCCCUCUGCUCUCUCUCUCCUCUGCAAAGGAUCUACGUGUUUGCUGCUUGUCUGGUCGCUGGUCUGGCUUGUAUGUUCCUGUCUUUGAUUGUGUUUGCCAAGCCCAUCAAAUUUGCACUGUUGUUCACCUUUGGGAAUGUGUUGGCAGUUGGAAGCACAGUAUUCCUCAUUGGCCCAGGGAAGCAACUGAGUAUGAUGUUUGAUCCCAUCCGUCUUUAUGCAACAGCUAUUUACAUUGGAUUUGUUGUGUUAUCUCUCAUUUGCGCUCUGUGGAUUCAUAACAAAAUACUAACAUUAAUUGCAAUCAUAUGCGAGAUUUGUGCUCUCAUUUGGUACAGUUUGAGUUACAUACCGUUUGCUCGGAGAGUGGUUUCUAAUUUAAUGAUCCGAUUAUGUGACACUGAACUUUAGCUAUAUGCAAGUAUUCUGGAGAUUGAUCAUCAGGAUGGUGCUUGGCUCUUCGGAGUCCGGUUUUUGUUUUACCUCGACUUUGAGCAGGUUGCAGACUUGCAAAUUUUCCUUUUGCGUUUGAUUUCAGCCUUUCAAUUGUUGUUUACUAAUAUUGUACAAUUCCUAGUCCUUGUUUAACAAACAAUUGCUUCAAUUCGUUCCCUAACCUCGUCUCCUUCUAUAAACUGUAUCUUGUUCCCAUCAUCCUCUGUUCUUUGGGUUAGAAUUCUGUAAAGCUGGCCUAAAGAACUUUAUUUGUUGAUUGAAUGAUUCAUCAGUGUAAAACUUAUUCUGUUGAAACCA